AUGAGCGGAGAAGCGGCCACGAGAAAGAAGAAGCGUCAAUCUGUAAGUUUCAAUCUGUAAGAAUCGUAGUGAUCCAUUUCGAAUUUUUUUGAAGAUACUUCGGGUGAGACAAGAAGUCGACGAAGCGAUUGUAUUUGAAAAUGAUAACGAGAAGACGACUAUGCGCAGAAGAGUUAGUUUUCAAAAUGUGAAGCACGUAAAGUAUGUUUGUGAUCUGUGAACACAGAAUGAAAAAUCAUUUUAGAGAGUUUGACAAAGAUGUCGCGAAUUUACUCGAUGUCACGCCGAUCAGGGAAAGAAUUACUGACACUAUUGACUCCGAUGGAAUUCUUACGUUUGUCUCGAAAAAUAUUUCUGAUAUUCUCAAAUUUUACAGCCCCGGUCGGGCGGCCAGCAGAGCUUCUGUUAAUUCCGACGCCAACACUACAGAUUUGAGGGUUUUUGGCCUCGAUUCUGAAGGCAAGCUUCUUUCUUUUUUUUUGUUGCGAAUAAUUUAUUUCUAAUUCAGCACAUGUCGACCUGAAUGUGACGCAUCGGACUAUUGUAGAUAUGGCAGUCGAUAGUCAGUUUCAUAGAUUGGAUUUUUUUAAAAAUCUAAUGAUGAUAAUUUUGAGAAAAGCUUUUGACUUUCCUUUUCCUUAUAAUAAUAAUUUUACAGCAUCUAUGGAAGUUUCACAAAACAACGAGAACGGAAAUACGAUUUACGAAGACACGGUUUGUAUAAUAUUUGCUGGUUUUUAAAUCAAUAAGUCAAUUUUUUAACUGAACGCGAUUAAGAGGUAUUUUAUAUUUGAAUGGUCCAGUUAUUUCUUGCAUCAAGUUGAAAAAUAUUCUCUUUGUUAGAAACCGUAACCACUGUAAGAGUUGAAUUUUCCGAUUUUCAAAAAAAAAACUAAUCUGAUUUUUUUUUUGUUUUGUUGGGAUUUUUUAAUUAUUAAAUUCUUUCCCUGCUUUCCCUGAUUUUGCACACAAGAAUAUUCCAAUGGAGUAUUUUUAACACAUUUUUUUGCAGUUUGUUAUUUUCAAACCACCCAGCGGAAAGUUGAACAAGACGGUUAACGAAACGGUCAACAUGGAUAUUUCAAUGCGUCCAGCCUCACCCUCUUUACUUGAUGACACUGUGGGAUCGUUUUGCAAUUUUUUUCUUCCAAAUCUUCUUUUUAAAUAUUUUUUUGUAAAUGUAUGUUUUUCUGCAGCUGGCGGCGAUAAAAAAAUGCGAUCUCCUGCACGAAACCAACAAAUUGUGCACGACGUGACACGGAGGACCGUCGUAGACAUGUCGAUCGAUGAUAAAGAUUCCACUCGUUGAUUCAUCUCAAUUUUUAACGGAAAAUUUCUUUGUUUCAGUGAUAGGAGACAGCGAUGACCAUCCAAUGGAUAUAUCGGCUGAUUGUACGGUGAGACUUUUUUAUCUGUGAAAUUCCAAUUUGUGCUAAGUGAAUGCCGAGAAGAGCGCUAAAGGAGUGCUUCAAAUGAACUCUGAAACCUCAAAACCUUCUUUUCUCGUUGAAAAGUUUUCCAUGACCCUUUUUCCCUGCAAAAAGUUGACUUAUGCAAAAGAAAAGUUUUUUAUCCUUUUUUUCCAGACAUUUCAAAAUCGUGUUGAUGGAAAUUGGUAAAAAAAAAAAUGGAUUAAUUGAAUUAAAUUUUCGCGAUAGAUGAAUGAAAAUGUUCUAUGAGGCGGAGACUAUUGUGUUUUGAGAACGCAAGUUCGACCUUGUUUCAAUACUCCUAAUACAGCUCCGCAUGUUCGACCCAUCGACACCCCGACGAGUCGCGGCGAAAGCGGAGGAAAGUCUCGUGGACAUGGACAUUUCGGUCGCCCCAACAGUCGAUCUCCCGGUUCGCUCUAAUGAAAAGAUCUAAAUUCAUCUGAAUUUUCACAGGCUUCUGUCGUUCCUGUCUGUGGCGGUUUGGAUGACACUCUUUACGCCAUUUUUGGAAACCAGGUUGAAACUGAUUCGAUUUCCACCGAAAUGAGAAUCUUUUGAGGUUUCUUCCUCGAACACUUCGACCCCACUCCGACGGUCUGCAAGAGUGGCGGCCGACGUGACGCCGACCCGAAAAUCUCCGGGUAGAAAUAAUCGGUCGCCUGGUAGAUCUGCUACCAAGUCGCCUGGGAAGUCUUUCAACGAAAUGUACCAAUCGGUUCGUGCUAGUUUCUUUUUUUCAAGUCAAAAUUCGUUGUUUGUUUAGGUUUUGAUGGAGAUUGAGGAGGAAGAUGAUGAUGGAGGGCUUCCCAGAUGUCCGCCUGUUCCAGAAACGCCGUCCAAGUUUGAGUCGACGAUGGACGCUCUGCUGGCCAUUCCUCAGUCCAGUUGUCCUCCAAACGUGGGCGAUUCAGCCGUGGUAAGCUUUCUGCCCUUUUCUUUUGAAUUGAGUUUUCCUUGACAUUCUAACAUGAUCGUAGUCUGAUUGAAAAUGUUGACCUGGCUUAAAAAGGGUUUAGUUAGAGUUAGGGUUUUGAUUUCUGGGAUGUAGAAGACGUGGGAAACACUAACCGUAAACGGCAAUAAUUGAUCCGAUUCUUUGAUUUUCCGAAAUAGGUUCAAACGUUUUCCGGUUUUAAUUAGAUUAAACGAUUUUUGAGUAAUUUUUAAACUUUGUUUUUUUACAAUUCGGUUGGCGAAUUUUAGGUGUAUAGUUUUGGAAACGAAAAAAAAUUUAGAAAAGUGCCUUCGAAAUGAAAAAUAGAGUAACUGGGCGAUUUCAAAGCCUUUCCAAACAUUUUCUCAAAAAUUUUUUUCUAGUUAUUAUUUGGCGCUAAUAUUUUUCACUUCUUACUGUCAUUAAGAAAAAUUACCCCAAGCCAUCUGAAUUAUUUUUUUAAUCGUCUACGAUUCCAUCAGAGGAAACUGUUCUCAUCAGAGUAAAGUUGUUAUCGAGAUGAAUUCAUCCAGAGUUUUACAAAUAGUUAAUUUUUUUUGCCCAUACAGCAUCUGAUAUUAGACAAUUUUGCUAUUCUGUUUUUUUUUUCAAAGGAAGUGGCGACCCCGGUGAAUCCCACUCUGACGUAUUUGGCAAUGCCGGAAUGCCAAGAAAAAACUGGAGACUUAACGCAAAAGAACGUCGGCGAUAGCACGAUGUCGUUGGCAUCGCCGCCACAAGUCGACCAAACUAUGGAUAUGGGCGAUCGGACGAGGAACAACAUCUCGAUGGCGUUGGAGACGCCGCGACGCGACUUCCAAGCAGUAGCCAACCAGACAGUCACGGACGUCAUCGAUCGCAGUACCCUCAAAGUUUUGCGGAGGUCUUCCAUCCUGGUUCGAUUCUUGUCUUCGACGAAUCGACCUCCUGGGUUUCAGAACUCGCGAAGGCCGAGUUUGGACUCCAGCCAAAUGUCCAUGUCUUUAGCUGUUGACUCUCCUCGCCAUCGCGACAUUUUCAGUAUUGUGAGUAUAAUAUGUUCAAAACGUUGAUGUAAGUGCUUAAAUGCGAAUAUAAUUUUUUUUAGUCAAGGGUCACUUCAAUCUUUUGAUUUUUGUACCUCAAAGUACACCAACGUUGCUAAAAAGAUAUUUUUUAAAUGAUUCUGAGAAGCUUCGUCGGACAGUGAUUUUCAAACAGACCCAAUCGGUUCGGUCCUCGCCGAGCGUCUCCCUCAUCGCUCCCGCUGACGAGGCCCAAACCUCCGCAAAUUCUUCUCAACUCAGCUGUUCCACGCUUCCGCCAAUUUCCUUCAAUCCCCUUGUAUCGAAUGUUGGUUUCCAUUCAUUAACCUCUUUUAAUUUUCAUUUUAGAUACUGUAUAUCAGAAAUGUGGAAGAAGAAGAGAGCGAGAGAGUGGCGACGUUGCGAAACCAAGCAACGGAACUGCUUCUGAACAAAAUGCAAGAAAUAAAUGAGAAGUUUGUUCUGUAAUUUUCAUUAGAACAAGUGGAAUGGUGGUUUACUUUUUCGGUUGGAAAUUGUUCUCAUAGGUAAAACGGAAAAGUUCCUUUGAGGAUCCUCAAAGGAUCCUGAGAGGGAGAUAAAAAGCUUCCUCUAAAAGCUCCUAAAAUGAUUUAAAAAAGCUUUUGAGCACCUUUUUCAUAGCCUCAGAGGAUCCUUUUUGAAUCCUCUCGGAUCUUUUUAGUUGCUUUCUAGCAUCCUUUUUGUCAGAGGAUGUGAAAAAGACGCAAAAAAGAAUUGAAAUGAUGUAAAAAAAGAUCUGCUGGGGACCCUUUCAAGGUCUUUUUUUGAGAAAAGCUUUUGGGGAGCUUUUCAGUUUUGCCCGAGCUGAAUCCAUAUAAAAACCUCUUAGAUGUGCCAGGUGAAGAUCAUGAAUGUCUCACUUAGCACCAAAUCCAAAUGCCGUGUUCAAUUUGAUUACGCGAAAUGCAAAAUACCCGUUAGAGAAAGGAAAAUAUCACUAAACUUUGGAGAGUCAGAGAUCAUUUUGCGUUUCGCGGAAUCAAAUUGAACACGGCAUAAAUUUGAAAACGCACCGUCAAGGUUCUAGAAUCUGGAAUAUCGAUAAAAAGGUCAUGUAAAGGAAUUUUCCUUUUCGUGUUAAAUAAAAACGUUUUAGACAUACAUCGGCUGGACCCCACUCCAGUUUUUCUCGUACGAAAAAAAAAGUUUGAAAAUUUACUGAGAUAGGCCGCAAUUUUCGAGGGGUGGGCUGCACCCCGGGGUGGGAUUCAGCCGACGUAUGGUUUUAGACGAUUGCCAGGCAAAAAGCUAAAUAUUAUUUUUUUUUUUUCAAGCCUCGAUAUCCAUAAUUGUUCUAUUGAUCUUUUAGAAGUCAAGCUGAGGUAGCAGAAGCUUUCACGGCGCUGGAAAAUAUUUGUUCCGAGGAAAAACUCGAUGUUUAUAAGAAUAUGGACCGCAGAAAGGUUAGAAAUCGAUGAUAAUUACCAUUCUGUGACGUUUUCUCAGAUGAACGCCGACGAAAGAGAACUGAUGUUGGCAGGUUUGCGAUUUUCCGAGUUGCAGGUCCUCGAGGCGCGCGCAGAAUGUGCCAAUCAGUUUGAUCGGAUCGCCAAGGUUUUGAAGACUAUCUUUGACUUCCCUGAAGCCCGAUUCAGGCACAGUCGCAGGAAUUGCAAGAAGAAAUCGAUAAAAUCGAAGAAAUGAACUCGCAACUCGUCAACGUUGGUCAACUGCAAGACGGUAAAAAGCUAUUUUUUCCCAAUAAAACUAUGUCGGUGUUCUAGAAAUAGCGCAGUUGGAGUUCGAAAUGGCGGGAGUCGAGAACUUGACGGAAGACGACAUUCAUCGCUUCAUGGCUGAACGAAAGGAGCACGAAUUACUCGGCGACAAGGCUCUUACCAAGAAACUAGAAGACAUUCAUCAGGUAUCACUUUCAUGUAGUUUCAACUCCUUGUCACAUCCCAAAAAGUAGGCGUUCGAAAGAUUGUAAUGAAAACUUUCAAUUUGUCAAGGAUUCGGAUAAUAUAAGAUAAAAAUGGAAACAAUUGAAAUUUUUUUUAUAACCUUUUUUUUAAAUAAUCGAGAUGGUAUGAAGAUUUUUUCAAUAAUUUGCAUUUUUUUUUCAGACGCUGAAUCUUCUUUUUGAACAAGAGAACGUUGGAAAAUCAAAAGUUGGAAAAAAAUCCUCCAACAAUUGCAAAUCAAGAUCGAUCAAGAUGCUCAGCGGAAUCUCCGACUAA